AAAUUUGUUUUUUACUUGUAAGUUUAUUGAAAAGUUUCCAAAUGUUUGAAGGAUUUUUACAUGAUAAAAAUUUUUCAUUAUAUAGUCUGUUCAAUCUUUCUAUUUCAAUUUUUAUAAGGGUGUUUAUUUUACGGACACCGGUAUUAUCACAAUUUUUAUACAACUUCUCUUUUUGUCUUCUAAGUUUUUUCAGCUGCAAAGAAGAGAUUCUGUCAAAUCUCGAAAACAGUGUUUCAUAUGGACAGCAAAUAUCCAAACAAAACUUCAGAUAAUCGGUUAUAUUAGAGACAGUAGCAUCCAACUUAUCGUCAGUAAAUAGUUCCCAGUUGGUAUCAUACAACAUGCUUCUUAGUGCUAGAAUGUUAUCAUGGGAAUAUGAACGUUCAUGUAUCUUCUUUGUUAAAUGACUAAACAAUUUUUUUUGUUGUAACUUGCCGUACACUUUCGGUAAAAUACGAAUAAUGCAGUGGUCAGAGUUUAACAAAGGAGCUCUCCUUCUGGUUUCAU